UGAAAGUGAGAGUGAAGAAAAUAAAUCUGAUACUGACAAUGAGUUAGGACUGUAUUCUUUGUCUCAAAAAGGCAAAUAUUCACGAAUUUCCGUGCUGCCUAUAGUAAACGGGAAGAAAAUGGAAAUGGAAUUGGAUACUGGAGCUGCAGUGUCUUUGAUUCCUUGGGAGCAGUACAGAAGCACACUGAGCCAAGUGGCUCUGCAACCCACGGAUAUCAUGCUAAAGACAUACACUGGGGAGCCACUGGCACCAGAAGGGGUUAUCAAAGUGCAGGUCAAAUUAAAUAAUCAAUGUGCUAAGUUGCCUUUGUAUGUAGUGAAAGUAGAUGCACCCCUACUGUUUGGUAGAGAAUGGCUGAGAGUUAUUAAACUGAACUGGAAAGACUUAAAGAUGGUGCAUGCCAUUGAGCAAAGAAAAAAAGAAAACUUGGAGUCUGUGUUAAAGAGACACUCAGCUGUUUUCUCUAAAAAGCUAGGCACAAUGAAAGGAAUUAAGGCCAGACUGACUCUCAGACCUAACAGUGCACCCAAAUUCUGUCCACCAUGGAACGUCCCUUAUGCUCUUCGACCUCGAGUGGAGGCCGAAUUAAAACGCCUGACUGCGCUUGGGGUGAUCUCACCAGUGGAGCACAGUGACUGGGCCACACCCGUGGUGCCCGUAAGCAAAAAGGAUGGCACAAUUAGACUUUGUGGGGAUUUCAAGGUUACACUUAACCCAUCUCUCUGUGUGGAUAAAUACCCGAUUCCACGCAUUGAGGACCUUUUUGCCUCGCUAGCAGGUGGUCAACACUUUAGUAAAUUAGACUUGUCAAAUGCCUACCUACAGAUGGAGGUGGAAGAGAAGUCUAGGAAGCUGCUGACUAUCUCAACGCAAAAAGGACUAUUCUGUUUUAAUCGCUUACCCUUUGGUGUAGCGUCAUCACCCGCUUUAUUUCAGAAGGCUAUGGACCAAAUGCUUCUUGGAUUGCCGUAUACUCACUGUUACCUGGAUGACAUCCUUGUGAGUGGCCCUGAUGAGCAGACCCACCUCAAAACUUUGGAUACAGUUCUGGGUAGGCUAGAGGAGUAUGGCCUGCAUCUCAAGCAAGAGAAGUGCUUGUUCUUCCAGGAGUCUGUGGAAUAUUUGGGUCACAUAAUUGAUGUAGCAGGACUUCACAAAUCACCAGAAAAGGUGCGUGCCAUUGUGGAGGCCCCAGCACCACAGGAGGUUAGUCAAUUGCGUUCUUUUCUGGGAAUGUUAAACUACUAUGGACGCUUCAUCCCUGACCUGUCCACUAUCUUGAAAGCACUGAAUGAACUGCUAAAUAAGGAAAAGCAAUGGCAGUGGACAUCAGCCUGUGAGUCCGCUUUCCAGGAAGCUAAAUUACUCCUAGUAUCGCAGGAUGUAUUGACUCAUUAUCAUCCAGAACUGCCUCUUCGACUUGCGUGCGAUGCUUCACCUUAUGGGGUCGGAGCUGUGCUCUCACACGUCAUGCCUGAUGGCAAAGAAAAACCGAUAGCCUAUGCAUCACGAACUCUUAGUAAAGCGGAACAAAAUUAUGCUCAGAUUGAGAGGGAGGCGCUAGCGAUAGUCUUUGGAGUACGCAAGUUCCACCACUAUCUCUAUGGUAACAAGUUCACGCUGCUCACGGACCAUCGCCCAUUAACCUCCAUCUUGAGCCCAUCGAAAAGUACGCCUUCAAUGGCUGCCGCCCGAAUGCAGCGUUGGGCAUUCCUCCUGUCUGCGCAUGAUUACACCAUUCAAUAUCGGAAAGGUGCAUUACAUGCCAAUGCUGAUGGUCUUUCACGCUUACCAAUCCCCCAUGCUCACGAAGAGAAACUAAGCGCAGUAGACGUAUUUUACACAUCUCAGUUGGAAACCCUACCAGUUAGUGACACCGAGAUCAGACGGCACACCAUGUCUGACCCUAUUUUAUCUCGUGUUUUGGAAAUGGUCACCACUGGGCAUUUUCCAGCUGCAAAGGAUGCAGAUGAAGAAAUGGCACCCUACUUACUGCACUGGCAUGAUCUCACAAUACAACUGGGAUGCCUCCUGUGGGGUGUGAGAGUGAUUGUUCCAGCAAAACUGCGCCCCCGGGUUCUGAAAGAGCUCCAUAUAGCACAUCCCGGUAUAGUGCGAAUGAAAAGCUUGGCACGCAGUUAUGUAUGGUGGCCUGGCAUUGACUCUCAAAUUGAGCUCCAAGCUAAAUCCUGCCACUCUUGUCAGAGUAUGCAAAAAGAGCCCGGGCUAGCACCUUUACACCUUUGGAUGUGGCCCACUAGUCCCUGGGAAAGGAUACAUGUGGACUUUGCGGGUCCAUUUGAAGGAAAUAUGUACUUGAUAGUGAUAGAUGCACAUUCCAAGUGGCCUGAGGUACAUAUUAUGGACAACACCACAGCCAGUAAGACCAUUCAAGUGCUCAGGAGCCUUUUUAGUCGAUAUGGCAUUCCACACAUCCUUGUGAGCGACAACGGACCUCAGUUCUGUUCUGAAGAGUUUGGUACAUUCUUGAAGUCCAACGGAGUAAAACAUAUCCGCUCAGCACCAUACCAUCCUGCCACCAAUGGCUUGGCAGAGCGUUUCGUGCAGACAUUCAAACAUUCCUUAAAAUCUUCUAGAGGCACAGCACUUGUGCAACAACGCCUGGAUACAUUUCUUUUAACAUACCGCAAUACCCCUCAUGCAACAACAAAGGAGACACCAGCUAUGUUGUUCCUCGGACGCAAGCUGCGAUCACGGCUGGAUUUCCUGAAACCCAAUAUUGCUGGUGUAGUGCACAGGUCACAAGAUGCUCAACAAGAGCGCCGCCAACCACACUCCAAGGACAGACGGUUUGAAUUAGGAGAGCCUGUCCUUGUGCGUGAUUAUAGGAAGGGGGAGGAGAAGUGGACCCAAGGUGUUGUCAUGGAGAAGACUGGACCAGUGUCAUACAAGAUUAAUGUGGGGCAACAAGGAGUAUGGAAACGCCAUGUGGACCAGAUGCUGACACGACCCGAUCCAGAGCUUCAGCAGUCUGCAGUGAACCUUCCUGUGGACCCCCCGGUGUUACUACCCCAGAGUGAUAAUAGUAGCACACAUCACCCUAGUACUUCUCACCAUGACAAGAAUGAUCCAGUUCCAGAGAUAGAUAUACUACCGAAAACACCCAAGUCCACUGAUUCACAAAACACAGAGCAUACUCUGGUAACAGAGACUGUCAGACGUUAUCCUGUGAGGAUCACUAAACCACCACUACGCUACCAUGAUGAGUGA